AUGAAUCGCAUUGUUAAGCGCGUGUUUUCCACAGCAGUUGCCAGCUACCUCAAACCCUCGCGUGGAUUGUCAGUGUUGUUGCAGAAUGAGAACCCUCGCGCACUCAUGAAAUUUCAGCAAUUGUGCAGAAGAAAUCCAGUGAAUGUACAAUCUCGAAAAUUCUCAUCAUCAUUCCUUAGAAAAGAUGAAAAAUCAAUAGAAGAGGAGGCGGAAAGGAAAAUAGGAUGGCUGUUGAAGACAAUUUUCUUUGGGACUGCAGGAGAAAAUUUGAUGCAGCAAUCUGUAUCACUUUUACAUGUGAAGGAUCCUCUGUUCAAAAGAAUGGGAGCAUCCCGAUUGGCUCGUUUUGCUAUAGAUGAUGAAAGAAGAAUGAAAAUAGUUGAAAUGGGUGGAGCUAAGCAGCUCGUGAGUAUGUUAACGGGUGCUAAAGACGACCGCACUCGGGAGGCUGCUCUGAAAGCUCUUGUUGCCAUCUCAAAGUCAGACAAUGCUGUUGGUGCUUUGCACGAAGCUGGAGCAAUAACAGUCAUCAGGUCCACCCCAGACUCCACUGAGAACAACGAAAUUGGUAAAUACAAGUCGAACCUACUAAAAAUAUUCCAGGAUUUGGGAUAUGAUAUUUCCUCUUGA